CAGCAACUCUGCGAUAACGAGGAUUUCGAGCAGCGACACCCGUCCAAUCCCCGGGAGCCACGAACGCCGCCUGCAGCCUGCCGCCUGCCGCUGCCGGCGCGGCGGCGACCCCCACAAAUCCGCAUAAACUCUCGGCCGUUUCGCCGGUGCCGCCCGUCCGUUCGGCCGCCUCGCACGGCCCCAAAUCCCCCAGCUGCGCCCCCAAAGCCACCAGCCGGCGCGCCCCGCUACAAAACCAGGCGGCUGCGCGUGCGCGUGUAGCCACUAGCCAGUGCGCUCCAGUGAGCGGAGAGGAGGGCGUAGGAUAGGGGGAUGGCGGCGGUGGAGGGCGUGCGGCACCGGACGGUGGAGGCGAACGGCGUCCGCCUGCACGUGGCGGAGGCGGGCCCCGAGGGCGCCGCCGCCCCCGCGGUGCUGCUCCUGCACGGCUUCCCGGACCUCUGGUACGGCUGGCGCCACCAGAUGGCCGCCCUGGCGGCGCGGGGCUACCGCGCCGUGGCGCCCGACCUCCGCGGCUACGGCGACUCCGGCGCCCCGCCCGACGCGUCCGCCUACACCACCUUCCACGCCGUCGGGGACCUCGUCGCGCUCAUCGCCGACCUCGGCCAGCCCCAGGUGUUCGUGGUCGGGCACGACUGGGGCGCCAUCGUGGCGUGGCAGCUCUGCCUCCUCCGGCCGGACCUGGUGCGGGCGCUCGUGAACCUCAGCGUCGUCUACCACCCGCGGCAGCCGGAGAGGAGCCCGCUCCAGACCAUCAGGGCCGCAUGCGGGGAAGACCACUACAUGUGCCGCUUCCAGGAACCUGGAGUUGCUGAAGCUGAAUUCGCUAGAUAUGAUAUUAAGUAUGUGUUUAAUAAGACAUUUGGCAUGCGCAAGCCAGCUGCUCUUAUUCUACCCAAGGACAAGAGCUUCUUUGACUCGCUUGAUUCAGAUGGAACUUGCCCUCCAUGGCUAUCAGAGGAAGAUAUUUCUUACUACGCAGAAAAAUUUUCAAAGACAGGGUUUACUGGAGGAUUUAAUUACUACAGAUGCAUUGACCUGAAUUGGGAGCUUUCUGCACCAUGGACUUGUGCUCCAAUAAAAGUUCCGACAAAAUUCAUUGUUGGGGACCUAGACAUUACAUACAACACUCCGGGGGUACAGGACUACAUCCACAAGGGUGGCUUCAAGGCAAGCGUGCCGAAUCUUGAGGAUGUUGUUGUCAUGGAGGGAGUGAGCCACUUCAUCAACCAGGAGAAGCCUAAUGAGGUUUCUGAUCACAUUUGCGAGUUCUUUAGCAAGUUCUUAUAAGGAAACACUAUUGAGCCUAUAGGCUUUCGGGCUGCUUAUAUGUCAAAUACAGUUGUGAGAGCACCAUACUGAUAUAAUAUAAAUAAAAUACAGUCUUUCUCUUGGAGCAGAA